CGAUGCUGCCGCGCUGGACUCCCGCCCGCCCUGCCCGUCUUCUUGCUCGUAAGCGGCGGGAGGGGUUUAAUGUAGGUUUUGGCUCGCCGACGGAAUACGAUUUGAAUUCGUUGUUUAAGCACAGGUAGAAGGAACUUCCUCGUCUCCCCAGUUGCAGCUGCAGAUUUCCAAAGCGCCAAACGGGAAAGCAGCUCACGCAACGAAUUUGCUUGGGUGACUUAAGGUCGGAGAGCUUUAUUCAGCAAUCAAUUUGCUAGCUUGCUUAGAAGUAGUUCGAUGGGUAGGGAUAAUAGUAAUUUCUACAACCAGGGUUCAAUUGGGAAGGGUGGGAGAAACAAGGUGAAAAAUUCACUGAAUGCAGACCCACAGCCAACCGUUGUCAGGAAUCAAAUUGACCCGGAAACAAAAACAUACUUCUCGGAGAUUGCAAACCUUUUCGAAAGUAGUGAGAUUGAAUUAGAGGAGCGGUCAGUAAUAUGCAGCAAUGCUAUUGAAGAAGCUAAAGGGAAAGAAUUUGAGCUCGCAACUGAUUAUAUAAUAAGCCAUACUAUGCAAGGCCUCCUCGAAGGAUCCGAUGUGGACCACCUCUGUGGUUUUCUCCGAAGUUGUGCAGGAUUGUUCCCUAUGAUCGCUACUGAUAGAUGUGGUUCUCAUGUGGCCGAGACAGCACUCAAGUCUGUAGCUACAUUUGUUCAGGAGAAUGAUUACUAUUCACUUUUAGAAGAUACUCUAAAUUCCGUAUGCCAGGGGAUUGCAGCCAACCCUAUUGAUAUGAUGUGUAACCAGCAUGGAUCUCAUGUUCUUCGUACACUUCUAUGUCUCUGUGGGGGUGUACGGUUGGAUUCCCCGGAAUUUCAUGGAGUAAAGUCAUCCUCAGCUUUGGCUAAUCGUUUAAACCUCCAAGCAUCUCGAGUAGGUGGGAGUGAUUCUGUGCAUAUUCACCAGGGAUUUCCUGGUUUGCUUAAAGAUAUUGUAUCGGCAAUGUUGAAACAUACCAGAGAAGACAGCAGAAGCAUCCUAGUGGAUCAAUGUAGCAGUUUGGUCCUGCAGCAUUUCCUGUUGCAGACAGCUUUGAAGUUGCUUGCAGGGGAUAAUGAAGAGUUAUUGCAUGUAAUACCGGUCCUGCUUGGCUGCAAAAACCAAAACUUAAUAGACAAGACGAUUGCUAGGGAUAUUGUGAAGCUUAUGAAAGAACCUGCGUUUAGCCGCUUGAUGGAAGUAAUACUGGAAGUGGCUCCUGAAAGUCUGUAUGAGGAGCUGUUCAUGAAACUCUUUAGGAAUUCACUGUUUGAGCUUUCAUCUGAUAAAUGUGGGAACUUUGUGGUUCAAGCAUUAAUUUCUUAUACAAGAGAUGAAGAACAAGUGAAGUUGAUCUGGAAGGAACUUGGCCCUAAAUGUAAAGAUCUACUGGAAAUGGGGUGUUCAGGAGUCAUUGCUUCAUUCGGCAUUUUUGAAAGGCUUCAUUUUGAUAAUGAGAUCUGCCCACUUUUUGUUGGACAGUGCUGCCAAGCUCUUGCGGAUGCAGUGCGUGUGGGGUCGGACGAGUCUCCAAGAUUCAUUAUUCCCAGAAUAUUAUUUCUUGAAAAUUACUUCAGAUGUGAGGACAAGUCCUCUUGGGAAUGGCCAAAUGUUUCUAAGAUGCAUGUUAUGGGCUCUCUGAUUCUACAGGCAGUUUUUAAAUUUCCAAGUGACUUCAUAGAGCCAUAUAUCAAGAGUCUCACGUGCAUGGAAACGGAGCAGAUCCUCAAAGUCGCAAAGGAUGCUGGGGGAGCUCGUGUUCUUGAAGCAUUUUUAGAUUCAGACAUCUCUGCCAAGCACAAGCGGAGAGUUAUUUCAAAGCUAAAAGGACAUUUUGGCGAGCUGGCAAAAAACCCGUCUGGUUGCUUCACUGUUGAGAAGUGCUUUACCGUGAGUAACCUGUCAUUGAGAGAGGCCAUAGCAUCAGACUUGGCAACAGUGCAACAAGCGCUGGAACACUCCAAGGCAAAGCAAAGCCUCUACCUCUUAAGGAAGCUGGAUAUUGAUGGAUAUGCCAAGCGGCCUGAUCUAUGGAGAUCAAAGCAAGAGUCGAGACAAGCAACAUACGACGAGUUUUAUGCAGCAUUUGGGAAAACUGAGGAUGCAACAACACAUUCAAGAAAACGAAAGAAAAGGGAGGAGAUUGUUGAUCACUUGCCCUCGGAGGAACAUGCCAAAGAUGUUGAUUCCAAGGGUGGCAAGAGAGUGAAGAAGCACAAGGAGAAGGUUGAAUCAGCAAGUGAUGGUCCUCCAAAAACGCCAUUCCUAUCGGAAGAGAUGCAGGGGAAGAAACGGAAGGGGAAGACUGGGCAGUUGAAAGCUUGGAAAUAGUGAACGGCAUGAGCACCUGCUGCCUUCUGCAGGUUCUUCACCAGACCUUUCUGAUUAUCUUUCUUCUUACAGUGUAGCCCCAUAGGACUGUUGGUGUUUAGCACUUCUAGGUUCGGGGUUACUUUUUGACCUCAAUGAGAGCAUGAUUAAUUUGAUGUAUGAAGAGGAAGUGAUGUUGAAAGCGGCUGAUGGAAGGCAAGCAUGGUAACCAUGUCUUGGUGAAACUUGGUCAAAAUUUUGUACUACAACUACUUGAGCUUGUGUUUAUGCAACUAUACAUUCUGGCUUCUUGGUAGCUCUUUUCAUUGUAUCAACGAAAGUGACAAGUGCUCGAUAUUUGGUCUUAAAAGAAUGUCGAUAAAGUGGUAGCCAGGGAAGGGAGCAUUCGUCCCAAAACAAAACCCCUCUUCCUACUUUGCUUGCUUUGUGCUGGUCGAAGUUCAACAAAACAAGAAUUGAAUGUUGCUCUGCUUCUCAUCUAUAAAAGCCUACGUAAUCUACUACAAUCACUUUAGACCAAAUGAUACCCGCAGAUAUACAAGAACAGACAAGGCACAUUAAAGUAAACACUACCAGCCUACAUUACAUGUUAUUCUUAAACUUCAACACAUCUUUGGCAUCUAGCCCAUACAUCUCGCAAACACUAGCGAUCGCAGUUUCGCUAACAUCAUUAUCUUCAGGUUGCCCGACGAUGAUCUCCUGAAGUUCCCUUGAUGGCUGCAACACCCAUGGAGAACCUUGUGAAGAAGGGGCUUUAUCCUUGGAGCUGUCGUCCCCCUUCUCAGUUUGACCUUGUUCACCAUUUUGAUCCGCACAUUUUUCAGACCAUGAGUGAUCGGACACCAGCUUAAGGAGUGUCUCACUUACCUGCAGAGCUCGCCAAUGAGAAUAAGUUCGAAAUAAGACCCAAAAGAAUGGUAUAUUGGGCAGAGGUAAAACCUGCAUCACAUAGAAGUGAUAGAUCAAUAAAUCCUCAAGUAUGAAACACUUAAUUACAGUUGAUUACAGGAACAUCUGAACCGCACCGUGUACUGAAACCAAAC